CGGCGGAGGGGCCCAGGGCUGCGCCCCAGGGCCGGGGCACCAGGGCCCACCUCUCAGGUGUCACCUGUGGACAUAUGCUGCCCCCUUGCCCGAAUGUUUGAUCCACAGCAGGAGGCAGCUACCUGCAGGUUGGAUGUGGAUGGACCCAGCCUGGGGUGGAUCCCAGAGGCCUCAGCCAGGCACAGCCAGUGUCCGGGUCCGGGAGCUGAGCUGGCAGGGUCAACACAAUCCCUCCCCGAACAGCAAGGGCCUGGGCUGCUGUGGCAGCAUCCGAAGGGAGCGGCUGGUGGAGGAACAUCUGUCCCCUGCCCGGCUGCAGGCCCUGGCCAAGGUCGAAGACCUCCGACUGGUGCGGGUGCUGGAGAUGUGUGUGGACACCCGUGAGAACAGCCUGGGGAAUUUCGCUGUGCAUCUCCCAAACCUGAACCAACUGAAGCUGAAUGGCAGCCGCCUGGGCUCAAUCAGAGACCUGGGCACCUCUCUGGGCCGCCUGCAGGUGCUGUGGCUGGCUCGCUGUGGCCUGACUGACCUGGAUGGCAUCAGCUCCUUCCCAGCGCUGAAGGAACUCUAUGUCUCCUACAACAAUAUCUCAGACCUGAGCUCUCUGUGCCUGCUAGAGCAACUGGAAGUACUGGACCUUGAGGGCAACUGUGUGGAUGACCUGGGUCAGGUGCGGUACCUGCAGCUGUGCCCACGGCUGGUCACGCUAACGCUGGAGGGCAACCUGGUGUGUCUGCGGCCGGCCCCCGGCCCUUCCAACAAGGCACUCCAGGGCUACAACUACAGGGCAGAAGUAAGAAAGCUCAUCCCCCAGCUGCACACCCUAGAUGAGGUGCCUGCCACACGCACUGACCUGCCCCACUCCCGGAAGCUAAGCCAGGACUGGCUCAUGGUGAAGGAGGCCAUCAAGGAGAGCAGCCUGCUGGACAGCCUCCUUCCCCGGUUGGAUCAUUCCCACGGAGCCACUAUGCGAAAACUUGACCCAGUGCUAUCCUUGCCUGAGACCCAGCCCGGGUCUCUUUCCCUACUGGUCCCUGGGGGACGCCUGCCUGAAGGCCUGCUUCCUGAGGAUCCAGUCCCAGAAGACCAUGCCAGCAACCUCACCCAUGGUGCUGGGCAAGUCCUCUGUGGGAAUCCCACAAAAGGCCUGUGGGAGCGUAGACACCAGUGCCAGGUACACCCUCCCUACACCCCAAGCACGAAGCAGAUGACCCCACACAGGCCAGAUUUGGCCACCUGUCCCUCCACUCCAGUGUCUGACCCUCUAGACAGCUGUAACCUGGCCAUGGCCUGGAGGGAGUUUGGCCUGUGCCCCCUUCCCCUUAGGCAGUGGGAGUCCCAACAGGAAGGGGCUGCAGCCCCCCUGGACACACGGAGGGUUUCUGAAGAACAAGAGGACCAGGCUGGGCUGAAGACAUCCACGAGCCCCCCAGGCCUGGCCUCAGGGCAUUCCAGGACCUUGGGCAGUCACCUGAUUCCUUCUCCCCCCAAGUACCCAAUGACACCUGAUUCAGGCAGCAUCUCUCCCCGGGGAUCUGUAGACCUGCCCUUCAGAGGGCGUAGGCUCAGAGGCCUGGGCAGCCUAGGGCCUAGCUUGGGUGAGGGACCUGGUCUGGGUGAAAGGUUGGCUGCAGUGACUUCCCUAAGAGCCCUAGAGGUAUCCUCAGGCCCCAGCCCUCGAGCUCAGGGGUGUCCAGACACAAAGCCAGCACCGGCUCCAGCAGCCAGACCUCCAGGCCUCCACUGCCUGUGUCACCUGAACCCUAUCCCCUCAGCCCAUUCCCAGCCUUAG